GCGACUAUCCGAGUCCAAGAUGGCUAAAGGAUCGCAGCUCACGCAGCUCAAGUCUGAGCUUUCCAAGGCUGGGAUCAGCAACCAGCCUAGUAGGAACAAGAAAAGCAAGAGCUCGAAGCCUAAGGACCAGGAUAAAGCCAAGAAAGCAGCCAAGCUUCAUGAAAUCCAUCAAAAGCUCAAUCCAUUCGACGUCAAGGUUACAAAGCUGAAGCAUGACGUCGGAGGACGCAAGAUCAAGGGUGCUGUGGGCCAUCCUGCGCAAAGUAAGCAGCAUGGCAUAGAACAGCGCAAGAAAACGCUUCUGAAAGACUUCGAGGAGCGGGGGCGCGCUGGCGGCAUCAUCGAUCGCCGUUUCGGUGAAAAUGACCCAAACAUGUCUCUCGAAGACCGUAUGCUCGAGCGUUUUACUCGUGAACGUCAACGGGCAUCUAAGGGCUCGCUCUUCAACCUGGAGGAGGAGGAAGACCUAACGCAUUAUGGACAAAGCUUGUCGAAGCUUGAUGAUUUCGACAACGUCGGUUUUCCAAUGGAUGAAGAUGACGACGAAGAGGGCCCUUCAGGUCGUAUUGACAAAGAAGUCGUUCAGAAGACCCAUUUCGGAGGGUUUGAAGAUGAACAGUCCGAAGAGGAAGAAGAGCAGCCCGACCGAAAGAAAUCAAAAGCUGAAGUAAUGGCUGAAGUCAUUGCUAAGAGCAAAGAACAUAAACUGCGACGCCAAAUGGAACGUGAGGCAGAGGAAAACAUGCGCCAUGAACUCGAUCAGGAUUUUGCGUCCUUGCGAUCACUUCUUUACGCUCCUAACCCAUCAUCAGCCGCCAGCAUUGAAGGUGCACUUGAGACAUCUAUCGACCAAGUGAAACCUCUGAACGACGAGUCGGGCGCAAACUUCGACAAAAACUAUGAUCAAAACGUCCGCGAGCUUGCGUUUGAUCAACGCGCUAAGGCGAAGGAUCGGACAAAGACGGAAGAGGAACUUGCUUUAGAAGCCAAGGAGGCACUAGAGAAGGCCGAGCGUCAGCGUCUGAGACGUAUGAUGGGAGAAGACGCAGGAGAAAGCGAUGAGGAAAGUAACCAGCGAGGGAAAAAGAGACGGAGGGGCGGUGACGACUUGGACGACGACUUCGCGGAUGGCGAUGAUUUGGGGAUCCUUGGAACUGGCUUGGCUACGGAGUUUAACAUGGAGGGUGGAGCUGAGGGUGGGGCUGGAGAUGAGGACGAAGAAGACGAAGAGGAGUCAAAUGAAGAUGAGGGGAGUGAUGGAGAUGAAGAAGACAAAGGAGACUUCGAAGGCGAGGUUGACAUUGAUGAUGAAGAUGGUCCUGAAGCGUCAGAGGAUGGUGAUUUUACAGAAAUCACAACGUCUCGCACAUCGCACAAAUCUCUAAAGAAACAAGAUACCGACAAAAGCUUGCCCUUUACCUUUCCUUGCCCCAGCUCGCAUGAAGAGUUCCUUGAAAUUGUGGAAGAAGUCGAUGACGAUCACCUACCGACAGUCGUCCAACGUAUACGGACGUUACAUCACCCGAGUCUUGCCCAGGAUAAUAAACUCAAGUUACAGGGCUUAAGUGGAGUUUUGGUCGACCAUAUUCUUUAUGUCACUUCUCCACCGACUCCCCGCCUCAAAACGAUGAACUCCCUUAUCCCACAUCUAUUUUCUCUAAGCCAGUCAUAUCCCAUUCAAUCUGCUCAAUACUUUAACGACAAGCUCGCGCUCAUGCACAAAAAUCUCAAGCGUGGUCUUUCUCAGGGUCCAACGGCACCAAAUACUCGAACAUGGCCAGGCCUUCCCGAACUUUCUCUUCUGCGAGUUAUUGGACUUAUCUGGCCGACUAGUGACCUGGCACAUCCUGUCAUCUCGCCUGCUCGUCUACUCAUGGGAGCAUAUUUGGGCCUAUGUCGCGUCAGGUCGCCGUCAGACCUAGCUAGCGGACUCUUCCUUUGCUCUCUGUUUCUACAGUAUGAAGCGCCAUCGAAACGUCUUAUACCAGAGGCUGUCAACUUCAUCAUUAACGCCAUACUUCACCUUUCUCCUCACCCAUUUGAACACGUCACCGAUAUUCCCGGAUCAUUCCCUUCCCCUGACUUCAAAUCAGAUUUAUGCCUUUCUCUGCAGCUCGACCGCAAGAAAGCCAGGAAGCUCGCGAUUCAGAAACCUUCUCUGGUCGAGCUAUUGACUGCCGAGAUUUCAGAACAGAUGAAGGUUGAUCUACUCGGGCUGGCGUUGGAGCUUCUUGACAAGUACGCGGCCAAGGAUAAGGCAUUGGAUGGCUUCGUUGAGCUCUACGAGCCACUGCAAACCAUUGUCUCCGGUGUCAGUCAAGAGAAACUUCCCGAGAGCGUUAAGAAUCACGUCAUUUCUCUUAACGACACACUAUCAAGAUUGUUGAAGUUCUCCCGACAAGCACGCCAACCCCUGAAAUUACAAGCCCACAAGCCCAUACCAAUCGCAACUUACAUUCCCAAGUUCGAGUCGCAUUCUUCAUCAUAUCUUCGCCGUCAAGAUCCCGAUCACGAACGGAACGAAGCCGCAAAACUACGCUACCAGCACAAGCAGGAACGGAAAGGAGCAAUUCGGGAGCUGCGGAAGGAUGCUCGUUUCCUUGCUGCAGUGGAAAACGAGAAGCAGAAGGACAAGGACAAGCAGUAUCACGAUCGCAUGAAGCGCGUAUUUGGGUCUAUCGAGGGCGAGCGUGCAGAGCAAAAAGCAAUGGAGAGGGAGAAAUCCAAAGAGAAGCGCAGAGCAGGUCGGAAGUAGGUUAUACCGUGCUUGUGCCAUGCUGUAGAUCCUAUUCGUUCGCAUCACAAAACUUGCAUAUC